AUGGGAAGCACGAGAACAGAAACAGAUGCUUUCGGGCCUUUACAGGUCGAUAGUACAAGAUACUGGGGAGCUCAGACACAGAGAUCACUGGGCAACUUCAAGAUAAACCAGCCACAGGAUCGUAUGCCAGAUGGUGUUGUGAAGGCUUUCGGCAUUCUGAAAGGAGCAGCUGCAAAGGUAAACAUGAAAUAUGGACUAGAUUCCAAGGUUGGCGAGGCUAUCGUUCAAGCUGCCGAAGAAGUUGCUUCCCUGAAAUUAAUUGACCACUUUCCACUCGUUGUUUGGCAGACUGGCUCUGGAACACAAUCGAACAUGAAUGCGAACGAGGUUAUUUCGAACCGAGCCAUUGAAAUUCUGGGCGGAGAGAUGGGCAGCAAGAAACCAGUCCAUCCCAACGAUCACGUUAACAUGUCUGCCUCAUCCAACGACUCCUUCCCGACCGUCAUGCACAUUGCCGCGGUCCUUGAUCUAGAAGAGAAGCUCGUUCCGGCUUUGACCAACCUCCGUAACGCCCUCGACGGAAAGAGGCAAGCGUUCGACAAGAUCAUCAAGAUUGGCCGCACGCACUUGCAAGAUGCAACACCUCUAACUCUUGGUCAGGAGUUUUCUGGCUAUGUGGCACAGCUAGAUCGCAAUCUAGAACGAGUUCAAUCAAACAUGCCUCAUCUGUUACAACUCGCACAAGGAGGCACAGCUGUAGGAACAGGUCUAAACACAUUCGAAGGAUUUGCAGAAGGUAUCGCAGAGGAGGUCUCCAAGACAACGGGCUACAAGUUCAUCACAGCACCUAAUAAGUUUGAGGUACUAGCGGCACACGACAGUAUUGUCGAGGCUUCAGGUACGCUUAACACUCUCGCUUGCUCACUUUUCAAGAUCGCAAAUGACAUCCGUUAUCUCGGAUCUGGUCCUCGAUGUGGUCUGGGCGAGCUCAUCCUGCCCGAGAAUGAACCAGGCUCUUCUAUCAUGCCUGGAAAGGUCAAUCCGACCCAAUGCGAAGCUAUGACUAUGGUUGCUGCACAAGUCAUGGGCAACCACGUUGCAGCAACCGUUGGCGGUCUUUCUGGUCAAUUCGAACUCAACGUAUUCAAGCCACUCAUGAUCCGGAAUCUUUUACACUCAAUACGAAUAUUGUCCGACUCUAUGAACGGCUUUGUCGAGCAUUUGGUAGAUGGUCUGCAAGCAGAUGAGGAAAGAAUUGGCAAGCUCCUCCACGAAAGCUUGAUGCUUGUAACUUGUCUGAACCCAGUAAUUGGCUACGACAUGGCUAGCAAAGUUGCAAAGAAUGCUCACAAAAAGAAGUUGACUUUGAAGGAAAGUGCUAUGGAACUCAAGGCCUUGAGUGAGGAGGACUUCGACAAGCACGUCAGGCCAGAACUGAUGCUGGCGCCGAAAGAGAAAAAAUAA